AUGGUAUCGUCAAGACAAAGAUCCUGCUCGGCUUGUGUCCGGGGUAAAAGGCGGUGCGACCUCGGAUUUCCGCAGUGCGGACGAUGUCUUUCAAGGCGGGUCACUUGCGUGUAUGCUUGGAUGUCACCUGAAGACGCGCAAGAGGUGGCUGAGAGCUCUAAGGUAAUUGUUUGGAAUGAUCAAACCGACAGUACCGCAACCUCUCAUUCCGAUCACGCUUCAUCCCCACCAGAAGUUCUCCCAGGAAACUGUGAUGUUUCCUUAUUCCCAACUCCCAUAACCCUUCCCCCGCCUCUGGUGCCGCUCAUAGAGGAGAUUUCCGGCCAAGGAAGAACCAUAUCACUAUUUACCCCAGACCCUUAUCCUCAGUCCACGAACCAGUCAUAUCCAAAUACAGACUUGAAUGCACAAACACCCUACCCUGCAACUACAAUUGGCACUUCUUUAGUACCGUCAUGGGGUCCAAAGACUAGUUCUGUAUAUACAGGCAAUGCUUUCAAAGAACGUGCAGAGUAUGCUGCAAGUCGACUGGUCCAUCAGGUCAAGAGCUUUGCGGAAUCGGGACAAACGUCCUUUAUCCACUAUUCUCAAGUCAGCAGCUCCACUGCAUUGCGAGACGCUUUCACUGCUUGCUCUUUGUAUACAACCCGCAACUCGGUCAAUGCCUCUCUGGUUGCAUCGGAGAUUGCACGACGAGCAGAGCUACUCAUAAAGGCUACGGAUACAGCAAUCGCUUUGAGUCCUCCGAACCCUUACUCAGUCAUGAAUCUUGACCUCCUGCCCUCCAUACAGGCCAUUCUUAUAUACCAGUCCAUGCGGCUAUUCUCAGACGACAGCUCACAAAAGAUACAAGCUGAGCAAAACGCCAAGUCACUCGCCAGAUGGGUUGAUAUCUUACGAGCACAGACGGCGGAUGCUUCUUCGAUACUUUCAAAGUCUGGUCAUAGUUGGAAAGAUUGGGUUCGGGCAGAGAGCGUCCAGCGAACCAUGGUAUUUGCAGAUCUUCUGGGCAGCAUUUACACUUUUCUCGAAUUCGGCUGGUACCAACCCAGUUCGACGAUGGCCAAGUUAAGCUUUGCAGGACAAGAAGCUAUUUGGAACGCAAGAUCAAUGACAGAGUGGCAUGCAGCCAGGAAGCAGAAAGCUUGGCUGAGGGUGGAGAUGUCGAGAUUUCGUGACAGUAUCAAGGGGGCUUCUUUGAACCAGAUUGAAGAGUUGGGAAUCAUCAUUUUGGUCAGUUAUGAGGGUGAUGAGGUAUUGAGAGAGUGGGCUGGUGAUGACAAAAGUCUACUUGAGAAGUGGGGGUUAAGGUCUGGUGCUGACAUGUUCUCUUGGCCGAAUUAAUUUACCAUAUUACGGCAUUGCCAGUUUGCGUUGUUUAAUACCAGAGCAAGAGACAUUUAAUCACAUAGUUAUCGAGUUUAUAGAAGAUCAAGC